CUCACUGUUUUUCUAAAAUCUUGGAAACUUUGUCUCCAUUGAAUUCCGACACUGUCCACCUUUAAUUCCCUCGAAAACGCCUGUAACUCGGCUGAAGCCAUGCCCUGUGUUCAGGCUCAGUAUGGGUCAUCGCCUCAAGGAGCCAGCCCAGCUUCCCAGAGCUACAGUUACCACUCUUCAGGAGAAUACAGCUCCGAUUUCUUAACUCCAGAGUUUGUCAAGUUUAGCAUGGACCUCACCAACACUGAAAUCACUGCCACCACUUCUCUCCCCAGCUUCAGUACCUUUAUGGACAACUACAGCACAAGCUACGACGUGAAGCCACCUUGCUUGUACCAAAUGCCCCUGUCCGGACAGCAGUCCUCUAUUAAAGUGGAAGACAUUCAGAUGCACAGCUACCAGCAACACAACCACCUCCCCCCUCAGUCGGAGGAGAUGAUGCCUCAUUCUGGCUCCGUUUACUACAAGCCUUCGUCGCCCCCGACUCCCACCACCCCCGGCUUCCAGGUGCAGCACAACCCCAUGUGGGACGACCCUGGCUCCCUCCACAACUUCCACCAGAAUUACGUGGCCACCACCCACAUGAUCGAGCAGAGGAAAACGCCUGUGUCCAGGCUCUCCUUAUUCUCAUUUAAGCAAUCACCCCCAGGAACCCCAGUGUCCAGUUGCCAGAUGCGAUUUGACGGGCCCCUCCACGUGCCCAUGAACCCCGAGCCAUCCGGGGCCCACCAUGUAGUCGAUGGCCAGACAUUUGCAGUGCCCAAUCCCAUCCGCAAACAGGCAUCCAUGGGCUUCCCAGGGCUACAGAUUGGCCAUGCUUCCCAGCUGCUGGACACCCAGGUGCCAUCCCCUCCCUCCCGGGGGUCUCCAUCCAACGAGGGCCUCUGUGCAGUGUGCGGGGACAACGCGGCCUGCCAGCACUACGGAGUGCGCACCUGUGAGGGCUGCAAAGGGUUCUUCAAGCGCACUGUCCAGAAAAACGCAAAAUACGUGUGUUUAGCAAAUAAAAACUGCCCAGUUGACAAACGCCGCAGAAAUCGCUGUCAGUAUUGUCGGUUUCAAAAGUGCCUUGCAGUUGGCAUGGUCAAAGAAGUGGUUCGCACAGACAGUUUAAAAGGCCGAAGGGGUCGCUUACCAUCCAAACCGAAGAGCCCCCAGGAGCCCUCUCCCCCCUCUCCCCCGGUGAGUCUGAUCAGUGCCCUGGUGAGAGCCCAUGUCGACUCCAACCCGGCUAUGAGCAGCCUGGACUAUUCCAGGUUCCAGGCUAACCCUGACUACCAGAUGAGUGGAGAUGACACUCAGCAUAUCCAGCAGUUUUAUGAUCUCUUGACCGGCUCCAUGGAGAUCAUCCGAGGAUGGGCAGAAAAAAUCCCUGGUUUCACUGACCUCUCUAAACCAGACCAGGACCUCCUCUUCGAAUCCGCUUUCUUGGAACUGUUUGUGCUGCGGCUAGCAUACAGGUCCAGCCCAGUGGAGGGCAAGCUUAUCUUUUGCAAUGGGGUGGUCCUGCACAGGUUGCAAUGUGUCCGUGGCUUUGGAGAAUGGAUUGAUUCCAUUGUUGAAUUCUCCUCCAACUUGCAAAAUAUGAACAUCGACAUAUCUGCCUUCUCAUGCAUCGCUGCCCUGGCUAUGGUAACAGAGAGGCACGGGCUAAAGGAACCCAAGAGGGUGGAAGAACUUCAGAACAAGAUUGUAAAUUGUCUCAAAGACCAUGUGACUUUCAAUAACGGAGGUUUGAAUCGCCCCAAUUAUUUGUCCAAACUCUUGGGGAAGCUCCCUGAACUUCGCACCCUUUGCACACAGGGGCUGCAACGCAUUUUCUACCUGAAACUAGAAGAUUUGGUGCCACCUCCAGCAAUAAUCGACAAACUUUUUCUGGACACUUUACCUUUUUAAGACUCUUCCCAUGCACUUAAAGUGAACUUUAAAGAAAAUAAACUCGACCUGUCUGAAGGGGAAUUCACCUGUGCGCAAAGCAGCACCUUUGGGUGCCAGAUUCCCAUCCCCAAAACUGUUGCUAACCUCUUGAAGGCAGAACGUGAAUGGGCAUUUUGGCUCUGGGGCAUCAAGGAUUCAGAUGAUGGACAACUUAAAUACCAUGGUAUAAGCUUUUUAUUAUCGGCUCAAAAUAUUAAGAAGGACUUCUGAUUAAAAAGACGAUCAUAUUUGGCAACGCCGGGCUAAGACUCUCAUGAUGACAAAGUAUUAAGGUGACCCACAAGUCUCACCCUCUUAAAGACUAAAGUUUUCUGAUGUAAAAGAAAGCUGUAAUAUAUACUGAAAACUAAAUGUUGCGUGGGUGGCAUGAAAUUAAAGAAGGCAAAGACUUGUAAAUUUAUCAGAUGCAUUUUGGCUUUUUAAAUUAUUCUGUGCCUAUUUAUGAAUAAAUAUUAAAACCAAUUCUAAAAGAAAGAACAUAGAUGUGUUUGCAAAUAAAGAGAAUUAAGUAACUCAGUGAAAUGGGAAAGCAUCAUGAUUCUAGGAUGAUAAUGUUAUAGGCACUUGCUAUUUCAGUAAUGUCUAUAUUCUAUAAAUAGUAUUUCAGACACUAUGUAGUCUGUUAGAUUUUAUAAAGAUUGGUAGUUAUCUAAGCUUCAAACAUUUUCUCAAUUGUAAAAUAGGUGGGCACAAGUAUUACAAAACCGAAAUCUUGGACAAAGGGGCACAUAGUGUUUGUAAACACCGUCCAACAUUCCUUGUUUGUAAGUGUUGUAUGUACUGUUGAUGUUGAUUAAAAAAAGUUUAUAUCUUGAUUAUUUUGUUGUCUAAAGCUAAACAAAUCUUGCAUGCAGCAGCUUUUGACUGUUUCCAGAGUGCUUAUAAUAUAUAUAACUCCCUGGAAAUUACUGAGCACUUUGAAUUUUUUGUUUUGUUUUUUAUGUCUAAAAUUGUCGAUUAAUAUAUUAUUUUAUG